AUGGAUAAUAUGGAUAAUGAUAGUCAUCCGUUAGAUUCUAAAAAUAAAGAUCCAGUAAAUAACUCCUCUGGAAUUCUCCUGAAUGCAAAUGAGUCAGAAAUGGAUGCCAUAGAUGAGUCUGCUGAAAAUGAUACUUUAUUAGAUAAUGAUGAAAUUGAGGAAAUUAUUGCUAAGUUACCUGAUGAGAAUCCGUAUAUGCCUGAGACUUCUCAGACUGUAGCAACAUAUAUACAAGUAGUUGAUAAACUUAUUGCUAUGGAAGAAGUUCUUGAGUCAAAUCUCACAUUGAAGGAAUUAGGAUUUUUAAAAAAACUGCUCAAAGAAUAUAAACUUAUAUACAAAAAGUCAAAAAAGCAAUCAAAAAUUACCAGCUUUUUUAAUUUCUAG